AUGGUAAAAUUGUUGGUUAGAGACAGAAGAGAAAAAUCAUUCACUGAAUUUGUAGAGUCUUACAAUUCGCUUGUAAAAAAACUUGGAAAAUUUGCAGAUAGAAAUGCAGAAUUAGAAAUAUCACAAAGCUCAGCAAUUGAACAUCAUGUUAUACUAUCUCAAGAGCUUGAGAAAUUGAAACGAUUUGGGAGUGAGGCAACUAUAAAACGUAAUAUAGAGUUAGAAGAGGAAGUAAGAAAAUUGAGGGAGGAGCGCGAUGAAUCAUAUAAAACACAAGGCCAAAAUGCUCAAAAAUUAUUGGAUUUGACUGAUGUUCUUAACCAGCAUAUAGAAUUAAAUAAAAAAAAUCAAGAAGAAAUAUUAAGGUUAACAGAUUCAAACACGAAUUUAAAUAAAAAAGUAGAUUUGUCAGUACAAGUAAUUCGUGAAAAAGAAGUCAAUAUACAGAUAUUACAAGAUGAAUUAGCAGCUUUACAAUUGGAGUUGAGUAAACUAGAAGAGAAAAUGCACGAUCUUAAAAAUGAAAAUCAUCAAUUAUUACAACAUAACAAUUCACUUUCGUCACUUCGAAGAAACAACACAUUACCAAAUCUAUUACCAUCAUCAUUGUCAUCAAGUUCAGUUUCAUCACAAAAAUGUCAAAAUACGUCACCAACAAUAUUGAUUUCUAGUGAUACUGCUUCUUAUAUAUCAGAACAUAAUAAUCCGAUACCUAUAUUACAAAACAAAGAUCAAUCGAUCGAGACAGAUCAUCAUGAUGAAUAUUAUCAUCCUGAUGCAUCAAAUAAUUUUAAUAUUAAUAAACGAGACAAUAGACAAAAUUUCGUUAAUAGUAAUAGUAAUAAUAUGGAAAAUCAUCAUUCACCUUCACCUUCACCUAAACUUGCUAAACAUGAAACCAUUACAAAUGAAAAUAAUCAUGCUACUACUGCUGCUUCUACCGAUGAAGAGGGAGAAACUUUAAUAUUAUAUAAUCGCAAGAAUUCAUUUGUAGAAUCUGAUCAAAACAAAAAUGUUGUUGUCAUUCCAACCUUUAAGAUAGAUUUGGUACCCGACACUAUAACCAAAUCAUCAAUCUCUGAACAAUUUAACAUUAAAGAAAAUCCAAAAGUCAUUAUUACCUCUAAAGAUCUCAAAAAUAAUGAAAUAAAAGAAAUUGUUUUAGAAUCAUUCAAAAUUGAAACAUCAAUAGUAAUAGAUGAAUCAGCAAUUGAAUCUUCAUUAUAUCGUCAACAUGAAGCAAAAUGGUUGGAUAUUCUUAGUAACAUGAAUCCUAUUAUGGCCAGAGAUUCAAGAAAGAUUAAAAAAUUGGUUCGUCUUGGUAUUCCCGAGUCAUUGCGUGGAAAAGCAUGGCAAUUUAUGGCAAGUGCAGAUAAAUUUAGGAAACCUGGUUAUUAUGAUGAAUUACGGAAACGCCCUGCUAUUCCUAUUUAUGAUAUAAUUGAGAUUGAUAUACAUAGAUGUUAUCCUGACCAUAUUCAAUUUCGAAAAGAGACUGAAGACCUUCAUGAUGUUCUUAAAGCAUAUGCACAUUAUAAUCCAUCGAUAGGAUAUUGUCAAGGAAUGGGACGCUUGGCUGGCAUGAUGCUUAUGCAAAUGCCAGUAGAAGAUUCAUUUUGGUAA